CUCCUCUGUUCAGCCUAUAUAAGGCUCGCAGUCGGCGCUCCUGGUACACGCGCUUCAACUUCGGUUGGUGUGUGUCGAAGGAACCUGACGGCGACCAGCGGAGAGAUCCACCGAGCUUCGCGGAACAUCCACUGAGCGGCUCGCGCCCGCUCGCUCCGAGCGGCGGCGGAGCGCUCGUGGGUCCCACGCCCGGCCAGGUGUGGGAUCCGGUCCUGCCUGCCUUCGCAGAGGAGUCCACGUGUGAAACAAGCGGGUUUUCAAAACAAAGAGGAGGAGGGGUGGAAGAGAGGGCCCGGAUCCAGGCCUCCAGCCCCAGAGGAGUGAAGCCACACCAUCACCUGGGAGGGUACCUCCCACCCCGGCAGUUACCAUGGGUCUUGGCGACUGCCCCCCACCUCCGCCUCCCCCUCCCCCCAACAACAACAACAACAACUCCAAACCCAGCGGCCACAAGAGCCCCUGUGUGCCCAACCUUACCGAACGCAGACGAGAUGAGCUUUCUGAAGAGAUCAACAACUUGAGAGAGAAGGUUAUCCGGCAGUCUGAGGAGAACAGCAACCUGCAGAACCAGGUACAGAAGCUCACAGAGGAGAACAGCACUCUCCGUGAGCAGGUUGAGCCGACCCCUGAGAAUGAUGUAGAAGAUGACCUUGAGCUGCAGGGCGCUGCAGCAGCCGUUGUCCCAUCCACCUCAACCGUGGAAGACUGCCCAGAAGACCUUCCCGAGAGGUUUGAUGGCAACCCAGACAUGCUGGCUCCUUUCAUGUCCCAGUGCCAGAUCUUCAUGGAGAGGAGCACCAGAGAUUUCUCACUUGACCGUGUCCGUGUCUGCUUCGUGACAAGCAUGAUGACCGGCCGUGCUGCCCGCUGGGCCUCCGCCAAGCUGGAGCGAUCCAAUUACCUGAUGCACAACUACCCAGCCUUCAUGAUGGAAUUGAAGCAUGUCUUUGAAGACCCCCAGAGACGGGAGGCCGCCAAACGCAAGAUCAGACGUCUGCGCCAGGGCAUGGGCUCUGUCAUCGACUAUUCCAAUGCAUUCCAGAUGAUUGCCCAGGACCUGGAUUGGAAUGAGCCGGCGCUGAUUGACCAGUACCAUGAGGGCCUCAGUGACCACAUCCAGGAGGAGCUGUCCCACCUCGAGGUGCCCAAGUCUCUGUCCGCCCUGAUCGGUCAGUGCAUUCAUAUUGAGAGGAGGCUGGCCAGGGCUGCUGCCGCCGCCGCCUCCGCAGCUGCCUCUGCAGCCGCCUCUGCCGCUGGUGCCACGGCCACAGCCACGGCCACCAUCACUGCCACUGCCACCAUCACUGCCACUGCCACCGCCACUGCCACCGCUGUGGCUGCUGCACCAAAGCCACGCUCCCCGCCUCGGGCACUGGUGCUUGCUCACCACCACCACCAGGUCGACCCCACUGAGCCUGUGGGGGGCGCCCGCAUGCGCCUCACCCAAGAAGAGAAGGAGAGACGCCGCAAGCUGAACCUCUGCCUCUACUGCGGGAAUGGAGGGCACUAUGCUGACAACUGUCCUGCCAAGGCCUCCAAGUCUUCACCGGCGGGAAACUCCCCGGCCCCGCUGUAGAGGGACCAUCAGCGACCGGGCCAGAAAUCAUUGGGUCCCAAGAUGAUCUUGCAUCUCACUUGCAAGUAAUGCUCCAGAUCCAUCUCCCGGGCAGACACACCCUGUUUGUCCGAGCCAUGAUCGAUUCAGGUGCUUCUGGCAACUUCAUCGAUCAUGAGUAUGUUUUACAAAACAGAAUUCCUCUGAGAAUCAAGGAUUGGCCAAUCCUGGUGGAAGCGAUCGAUGGGCGCCCCAUAGCAUCGGGCCCGAUUGUGCAUGAAACCCACGAGCUGAUCGUCGACCUGGGAGACCACCGCGAGGUGCUGUCCUUCGAUGUCACCCAGUCCCCCUUCUUUCCCAUCGUCCUGGGGGUUCGCUGGCUGAGCACCCACGACCCCAACAUCACCUGGAGCACCCGCUCCAUCUUCUUCGACUCCGACUACUGCAGAUUCCACUGCCGGAUGUAUUCUCCUGUUCCUCCGGCUCUGGCACCAGUGCCCCACCCGUCUCUCUAUUACGCUGUAGACGGAUACAGAGUUUACCAACCAGUGAGAUAUUACUACGUCCAGAAUGUGUACACUCCAGUAGACCACCACGUCUAUCCGGAUCAUCGUCUGGCUGACCCUCAAAUCGAGAUGAUCCCUGGAGCACACAGCAUUCCCAGCGGACAUGUGUAUUCACUGUCCGAACCUGAAAUGGCAGCUCUUCGCGACUUCGUGGCCCGGAACGUGAAGGAUGGGCUGAUCACCCCCACCGUCGCACCAAAUGGAGCACAGGUCCUCCAGGUGAAGAGGGGGUGGAAGCUGCAGGUGUCUUACGACUGCCGAGCUCCAAACAAUUUCACCAUCCAGAAUGAGUAUCCUCGCCUGUCUAUUCCAAAUUUAGAUGACCAAGCACACCUGGCAACCUAUGCAGAAUUUGUUCCUGAGGUUCCUGGAUACCCAUCCUACCCUGCGUAUGCCACCUAUCCCACCUACCCAGUAGGGUUUGCGUGGUACCCAGUGGGACGAGAUGCUCAAGGAAGAGCUCUCUUCGUGCCUGUCAUGAUCACUUGGAAUCCACACUGGUACCGCCAGCCUCCAGUACCCCAGUAUCCUCCUCCGCAGCCACCACCCCCACCCCCACCGCCUCCUCCACCUUCCUCCUUCAGUGCCAUGUAAGUACCUGUCAUGUCCUUCAGGGUCUCCACUCUCCAAGUUUAUUCCUGUGCAGCUUUUCAAUCAGUGACUGUGUUACAUUGAGCUACUGUAUCUUCAGGCCACCUGAGGCAUGUCCUCUGAAACGCUAUUGAAAGUCAAGGCUACCCUGAACUGGCACACGUAAAAUAGAAAAGUCCCUCAAUACUGGGAGUAACAGAAUGCCAACAAAUUAUCUCCCAGUAUUCAACCUUGACUGCCAAUUAAUGCGUUUACUGUUGCCUGGGAUUUAACUAGGGAACACUCUUAUCAUCUGAAUUACAGGCUGCCAAAUUUCUUUACAGAAAAGCCAUUGCACACAGGAAGCGCUGAUUUCUUUAUGGAGGGGGAGACAAGAAGGAAGAUCUGACUUUUCUUGCAGUUUCGGUCCUCUACAUUAUUGGAGACCGAUGCCUUAUAAAGGAAGCCACAGUAAACUGGUGCAGUAUGGAAAGGCUUCCGUGAUCCUCCUGCUGCACCCCCAGGAACUUCACCAUCUUCACACUCCUUGUUCAUGGUUCCUUAGUUUUCAAGGAGCAGCAGCUGGACUGGCUCUCCCAGGAGCAGGCAAAAGCCCCACAUAAUGGAGCACCACAGGCCUGAGAAGGAAGUGCUCUCUCAGCCAGAGUUGCAGGUUAAAGAGCGUGCCUUCACAUUCUGGUGCAAAUCACAUGUACCCAAGAACUCUGGCCUUGACGCAGCAUCUUACCAUCUCCACGCCAGUAUAGGCUCUCAUACAGCGUUGACCUGGUGACCAGAGGCUGCUGGGCAUGUUAGAGCUCUGUCAGGUAUUGUGACCACCUCUCAAUCACAUUGAGGGCUAAGAGGAGCAAAUCAAAAGGACUUCUACAUCCUCUACCCAACUCUUCAAAGGUUCUGGUACUUCAGAAUGUUCAAGAAUGCUGUCAGUUGGCUGAAGGUUCGAGGCACCUCUCAAUAGCUACUCUGCCACAUGCAUCUGAGCAUUCCAUCUCCUCAUCAGAUGAAGCAUUAGGAUUCACAGAGAGGGGAAAUCAUUUAGCUCCUAAACCUGUAUGUGGAAAGAAUGAGAGCCUUGGGUGCACUGUCUUGAGAAUCCACACUUCUGAAUGAUCAGAGGCUGACAUAGAGCUGCUGGUGGACAAAAGGCCUCAGAAACCAAAUCACAUGGUUCAGUCCAGUGACACCUCUGGUGUCUCUUGGAUGCCUUGUGCUACACUGGGACUGCCUGACUUCUUUCAGCCUGGACCCUUGCUGCUACUUUGAUCCAUUUGUCUAACCUCUCUGUUUCAUUCUUUACUGCUGCCAUUAACCCUGCUGCAGGAUCGGUGUCACCUUCCUGCCUGGUUGCUGAGACUCCAUGUUGCUGCCACGCACAGAGAGGAAGGAGGCAGGCUUGAGGAAGCACGAACUUCAGCACAAGCAACCUCCACUUGCCAGAUCAGUCUGGGCAGUAGAGAACCACAUGAUUUACAUUUUUAAGUACCUGUCAUGAAGAGGAGUCUUUACGGUGAAGUUUCCUAUUCCAUCAACAGCACCUUUCUCACCCUCAUUAGCAUUCCCCUUAUUCUUGCAUGCUUAAGUAUUUUAAAGUUUUAGCUGUAGUGGCAUCUUUUACCAGUGUUUUAAAGUGCUGACUAUGCUUUCGGAAAUUUCCACUGGAUUUCAAAGUACUAGCCAAUUCUUACUUAAACUAAGGAAAGAUGGAGUUAGAUCACUUCCUUACUGUGAAUUUCUUAUGACACUGUGAGUGAGAGACUUGUCAGAACUGGAAUGUUUGUGAAAUAGUUUAUCUCAUUGAUCCUCAAUCUUCAGUUUUAGUAUUAAAAAUAUCAAUUGGCCUUUUAAAAAUUACAUUCGGAGAAGAAACCUAAUUGGCUAUUCGGUUCUAAACAACUUUUGCCUUCUUCUGUGGAAUCAGAAAUCUUGUCAGUCACUCACGUAUUUUAGAGUAAUUACUUUGAAAUGGUGCAUUUGUGCUUCUCGACUGUCGUGAAGCGUCAGUUCAGUUUACCUCAAAUCUCACUCCAUCCUCCAUCUAUUUGAAUAUAAGUGGUUUUGUGUCAAAUUGUAAUCAUUAGUUGAUCUUCGAGCUGCAGAGUGCCCCCGGACGGGCAGGUUCCUGUAGCCCUGCGACAUGCACACAGACAUUUGCCACCACUGCAAGCAGAGGUCUGGAGGACUUGGCCAACAACUGGACAGUCAGGGAGAGCAAGCUGUGGGUGCUCCACUCACAGCCCUGGCACACUUCGGACUGUUUCCUGAAGCUUGCAGUUGACUUUCGGCAGUGUGUGCUGUGCUUUCUUACUACCUAUACUAUCCAUAGAUGUUAGAUGUUAGAUGUUAGAUGUUAGAUGUUAGAUAUUAAGGAUAAGUAAUCUUAGUUCUAUAGUAUUGAUAUUUGGAUAAGUUUCCUUUCAGUUGAUUUUUUUUUUCAGAUUUAUAUUUAGAUAAGUUUCCUUUCAACUGAUUUGUUUUUGUUCAUCCAAUUUGUUAUUUGGCUCUUAAGAAUUUCUUUCGGCAUUUUCAACAAAAAUGCCUUUUUCUCAUAAAAAAGGAAAAGGAUGUUAGAAAGGGAGCAAAACCAAAUGGAAAGGAGAUAGAUAAGAAUUAAAUCAAGUAAGAAAAAGAUCUUAGUUGCUAGUUGAGCCUUAAGAGAAGUAGCUGAGGAUGUUGGAACAGGAAGUUUACACACGUUUUUGAAGGGCCCAUUUAGUUUGAGCCAGGAGGUAUCUGUCUUGGUUAUCAGUUUGAUUAAAUCUGGUGGAGAAAUACAGCGAGUUUGCAUAGUGUAGGAGGGGCACAUCUAUAUGGUGCAGUCUAGGGUUCUGUUCAAGUUCACAGGUGCCCCUUGGACUCCUAAGUUGGCCCAGCUGUCAUCCACCACAGAUACUGUACAUCAGAUUAGCUCCAAGACUGGCAACAGAGAACAGCCUUCUGGAAAGAUCUGCACGACUGACCGUGGAAGACCACCUGAGGAAAGAAGAGCCCAGUGGGAACCACGUUACUUUUGAUGGGAUUGAAAGUUCUUUGUUGUUUCAGAUUGCGGAACACUGUUGUAUUUGGUCUGUGGAACAUUGCAUCGUUUUUAAUUCCUUUUAUGUUAUCACUUUAAGUAGUUGGGGAUAUAUAGUCAAGCAUAAGUGUUUUAGGGUGGGAGGGACUAUUAUAUAAUCAUGGGUGGGGUUAUAUAGGUAGGAUAAUAUUAUGUAUUAGAUAGCUCUUUAAGUAGACUUAUGUACUUCCUUGUAAUCCUUUACCCUUGAAUUGUUACCCUUAAGAUUUCAAAUUCAGAAAGAACUGAAGGGAUUUCAACCUAGUGAGAGAAGAUUGGAUCUAGAUAAAACCCUGUAGAAAGUUCAGAGGUAAUUAGAUGAAUAAUUGAGUAAAGGCCCUAGGUAUUAAUUCCAGGGAUCAAAUGGUGAGCCAAACUUUGAAAGUUUCAGGACAGGUAGUACCCUUUGAGAGAUUGUUGCUAGAAUAAGUUUGAUUACAGCGGAUAGUAAAUAUUCCUGGAAGUUAGGGCAGUGUUGAUGCCCCUGUCAGCAAGCUUCCCACCCCCCUUCCCUAACCGUGCCCUUCAUAUCCCCAUCCCAACCCCUUCUUCAAACUGUAUCGUUGUAUUCUCUUUAUUCUAUAUAGCUCUUCAUUUACUAAUACUGUAUCAAUGUUAUAAUAGUUCAAUAAAGCUUUAGUGGUUA